AUGGUUUCGCAGAUAGUCUCGUGUUUAUCUAACUCUUCAUCUCCUUUCUGCAUCUCCGGUUCCAGGAGUUUAAUUCCGCUGAAGACAUAUAACUGUGCCGGUUUGAACCGGUUUUCUCCGGGAUUUGCUAACCGCCGGUUAUCUACGGUUAGUAGAAGGAAAUGGAGACCCGCGAGCAUUUUCAACUCUGGGAAAGAACCUGGAGGAGACGGAAAGUUACAAGGAGGAGGUAGGUCUGAUUGGGCGAUACUUGAGAGAUGGGAAGUUCCAUGGGAGUGGCAGACAGUUUCGUUAACUUCUUUUGCUUGUGUAUUAAGUUUUGUUUUGACAGGAUUAACUGAGAUGGCAGCCUUACCAUAUUUAGGAAUCGACGUUGAAAAGCUUAGCUUGGACGAGAAGGCUGAGAUUUUAUUCCUUGAUCAAGGCAUAACAACUGCAGUGAUACUUGCUGUCAUAUUCACCGUUGCCAAAACCUUCGAGCCACUUCCUGAUGACAUUUUCCGCUAUGGUACUUACUCUUUGAUGCAGCUUCUCCCAUUAAUUGGAUCCUCAAACAUAAGCACCUUAAGCUUAGUGGGUAUAACUGGAAUCCUUGCUCCACUUCUUGAGGAGACCGUGUUUCGUGGAUUCUUCAUGGUCUCGCUUACCAAAUGGACCCCGACACCAAUAGCAAUCAUCAUAAGCUCAGCUGCAUUUGCCCUUGCUCACCUCACACCCGGUGAAUUCCCACAGCUGUUUAUACUAGGAUCGGUUUUGGGAUUAACUUAUGCGCAAACUCGCAAUCUCAUUACCCCGAUGGUUAUACACGGUUUCUGGAACUCUGGAGUUAUUUUGCUGCUCACUUUUCUUCAGGUCCAAGGGUAUGACAUCAAGGAACUAUUGCAGGCAAGCUAG